GGCGUUACUUAGCAACACGCUUCCACAACAGAAAGAGUUUUAGUCGGUAGCUGACCAUUCGCAAGUAGCUGAGAAAAACUUUGAUCGUUUCACUCGUGUUUGGGAAAAAACAGCAAAAGAUCAUGGUUAAAAAUUCUGCUAAGGAUAAUCCAAAAUGUACUGAUUCCAGCAGUAAAACACGUCAAAAACCUUUUGACAAUAAACAAACCAAAAAGGUUGAGAGGAAACCCAAGUCUGAAACCAAGAAGCAGAAGAAAAAAGUGAAAUUCUUGAAACCACGUGAGUCUCCAGAACCUGAACCAACACGGCCAUCUACCAGCACCCAAGACAACCCCCCAGUGAGAGGACUAAAGAGAAAACGACAGGAAGACCAACAGGAAGAAGAAAUCAUUGAGCCAAAGAAGAGGAGACCUUGUCUUAAAGCUUCCAGCAGCAGUGCAGCCCAACAAAGCAGCAAAACGUUUUCUGAUGACCAAACCAAAGAAGUCAAGAGAAAGCCCAAACCUGAACCAAAGAAAAAGAAGAAAAAAGUGAAACACUGUGAACAGACCGAGUCUGAUAUCGGUCAGGACAACACCCGAGUGAGAGGACUAAAGAGGAAAAGACAGGAGGACGAAGACGAAGACACAAGAGACCAACCAAAGAUAAUGAAGCCAUCUUUGAAGAGCUACCAAGAACUGAGGGAUUUAUACAAUAAGAUGAAAGGAAACAAAACGAGUGGCCAAGAAAAGACACUUUUAAAGAGUUCAGCAAAUGAAAAAGAAUCAAACCAAGAAAUCCCAAUCAAAAAGACGGAGAGAGACGACGUGAUCGACCAAAAAGCCGAGUUUGAAGCCAAAUAUGUGGAAGAAGAUCAGUUUGGAUCAGGAGGUUUUGGAUCCAUUCAUGCCGGCUUUCGCAGAUCUGACAAUCUACCAGUAGCCAUCAAACACAUUCUUAAAUGCUACAUUAGAAACAAAGAGCUGGAUGAGAAUGGGAACUUCAUCCCUUCUGAAGUGGCCAUUCUGCUAAAGCUACGAGAUGAAUCCCUUCAGUCCAAAGACAAAGCAGCACCAGUACCGCUGUUGGACUGGUAUGAGAUAGGCAGAGAAGUCAUUCUAGUCAUGGAGAGACCAAUCCCUUGUGAGGACAUGUACGAUUACAUCGAAAACAAAGGAGGGAAACUGCAAGAAGAAGAAGCCAAGAUCAUAAUGAAACAACUAAUUCACACAGCCAUAGAUCUUGAGGAGAGAAACAUCUUUCAUCAGGACAUCAAAAUUGAUAACAUCCUCAUUCAGACCAGCUCAGACGUCCCUCGCGCUCGUCUGAUCGACUUUGGACUGAGCUGCAUGGCGGAAAAAGAUACCAUCUUCAGAGUCUUUUCAGGAACUCCAGCACAUGGCCCUCCAGAAUAUUUUAAAGGUUUUUCUAGUCCGGGAUCAACCACAGUCUGGCAACUCGGAGUAGUUUUGUAUGAAAGCCUCCAUGACCCUAUGAGCUUCUCAACGCGGGAUUUUGUCAAAGGGAGUCUAACGGUUCACGAUAAACUGUCAGAAGAGUGCCAGGACUUCUUUCGAGCAUGCUUGAACUUAAACCAGGAGAGACGCGCCCAGCUGAAGGACCUCCUGCAUCAUCCAUGGCUAAGAUGAAUUCACAACACUGCACAUGAAACAGUCAAGACACUAAAACACACAUGAGGACAGGGAACUGGAAACCUUGAAACAUUAGAGCUGGAAUAGGUCAAAAAGGGGCGUUUCCCCUCAUUUUUGGUCGUGUUUACCAACCCUUUUCUUAAAGUACCCCAAACUUAAAUGAUGCGCUCCGUCUUUUACUGUUUAUUUCCUUUGGUUUUCUGGUUUAUGCUUCACCGAUCAUGAAAAUUUAAACUUUUUUAUAUAUAUGUAUAUUAUUCAAUUGACAGUGUAUAUCUCUGUUUUGUUAUUUUAAACUUAAAAUGUAUAUGUAGAGGGUAAAGGAAAUAGAUUGAGAUACUAUGCUUUAGGUUUCGACUCUGAUCAAUAUGCGUGAUUUAGAUUUAGAACUGGAAUUGGUCAAAAGUGAAGGUUCUCCUAAUUUUAGGUCCUUUACCCCAAACUUAAAUGAUACGCUGUAUUCUGUAUUCUCAUUUCUGAGAUAACCUCCACUUUAGCCCCUUCCCUUUCAUUUAUAUAUAUAUAUGGAUUUAGUUUUACACACUGUUUUGCAAAGAUUUCUGUUUUCAUCAUGCUGGUUUUCCGAAUGGUUGUUAUGCGUUUUCAGUUCUCUGUGAGAAUAAUAUGUUAAAUCAAGUUUGUUAAUGGAAUUAUUUAAAACGUGAAUCGAUGGGGUACUUGAGAACUGAUGUUGGGAAACACGACCCUAUAGGUCACGAUAAAAGAUGGAUCCUUAUAGAACCAGAUGCAGUACAGGACCCUCAGAUUAGGUGUAAUUUAAAGUCAAGUUUGCCUAAAGAGAUAACUAUGUAUGGGAAAAUUAGACACACCCCCCUCUGAUGGGAUCCCAUCCACUCAUUGUACCAAUGCUGACACUACUGGAAAGACCUGCUUCGUUCUCCUUGUGUCUCUUGUUUCUAGCGACCCGGACGCGUUUGUGUUGCUGCGGUCUUGGUUGCUGCUGUGUCCUUCAGAUGUCCUCCAAAGAUGGCUGAGUAGGACCUUCUGAGUCUGACUAUUGGACUCCUUGGCGUGGCGUUGGUGGCGGAGCUGCCAGCACACUUUUUUUAUCUGCCGCUCCUUUAACCCCCUGCCGUCUGUGGAAAGGAGAUCUCUCUUUGAAUUGCCUUUCCCGAGGGUUCUUCCUAAAAGGGAGUUUUACCUCGUCUUCAUAGAGAGCUUGGGCAGGAGAGGAGCAUGCACCACCC